AUCUGCAAGCAUAUGCGAUAUGCAAGCAUAUGCCAGAUGCGAUGUGCAAGCAUAUGCCACAUUCGAUGUGCAAGCAUAUGCGAUCUGCAAGCAUAUGCGAUCUGCAAGCAUAUGCAAUCUGCAAGCAUAUGCCAGAUGCGAUCUGCAAGCAUAUGCCACAUUCGAUGUGCACGCAUAUGCGAUAUGCAAGCCUAUGCGAUCUGCAAGCAUAUACGAUCUAUGCUAUGCUGUGAUAUGCCGUACGCGCUAUGCUAUGCUACGCUAUGCCCAUAUGCCACAUGCGAUGUGCGAUCAUAUGUGAUCUGCAAGCAUAUACGAUCUGCAAGCAUAUGCGAUCUGCAAGCAUAUGCGAUCUGCAAGCAUAUGCCAGAUGCGAUCUGCAAGCAUAUGCUGCAUUCGAUGUGCAAGCAUAUGCGAUCUGCAAGCCUGUGCGAUCUGCAAGCAUAUACGAUC